UAUACUGAAUCGACAUACAGGGCUGAAGCGGGAGAAUAGUCCAUCUCUAAUUUGUUGGUUCCGCGCUCGCAAUAUGGUUGAAUGGGUGUCCGUUUGACUAUUUUCCAGCACAAUUCGGCAGUACACUGGAAAUCAAGUAAACCCCGUACACAAAAUGGACCAACAAUAUAAUUUGCAAUUUUUAAAGCUUGAUAUCAAGGACUGUCUUGGCUGCAAAGACGUCAAGCUUCGAUUUCCUCCGUCGCAAAGCGUUCAUUUGAUUCUGUACUCUUAUGCUGAUCCAUUUCUCUCACCAACCAAAGAAGCAAAGCCGACCAACAGUGUUAGGACACCCAUUUUGCAAGCUCUUCAGCUGCUGUGUACAAACGCCUACCCCGAUGAGGCCAGUUUGAAUUCCGUGCCGAUGCUCCAGUUUGGCAGAGGAAGCGUAAGAUUAACAUUUAACGCCAUGCGGGGUACUGACAAGGAUGGACGCUCGGUUCCGGAGGGUGCCGUCUGCGAUGUGGGGGAGGAUGAGCUGGAUAUGGAUCCAUGUACCUCGCAGCAGGCACGGGAGCGCGAAGAGCGUCGACAAAGAAGAAAAACUAUGCGCUGCCAGAAGAUUUUUACGGUGACCGUGACACGCAGUUUUGAGAACGUGAAUGAGCUUAACCAGGUCACAUUUCAAAUCGAUAAUGGUCUGAUACAACAAGUAACUAUUGCCGAGUUCCACAACUUGUUUUUCGUUGCGGAGUUGCACUCCAAUGCUUUUCUACGAAAUCUGCACCAGAGCUGUGCAGGAAACUGGUUGCGCCUUUUUCAGAGCAAUGCGGGAGACUGCAGUAGCAUCUUCAGGGGCGAUGACAAUCCUUUUGAAACAUUCAGUAAGCUUUUUGCUCGCACCGUUGUCCCUCCGACUGGCUUUUUGGGCAAACUGACGACCAAGUGCCUGAUAUCCAACAAGCUCUCUGAUUUAGCCGAGCGGCGUUUUGUUAUGAACCUUUUUAAUGAUGUACGCCGCAUGUUCGAGUAUGUCACCAUUAAUGAGUAUACUGUGUGGUUCUACGUGCCACGACUCAUGCGAUUCGAUUCAAUGGAGAAUGUGACUUUGGAGGACUUCGACCUCAGUUCUGUGUGCACCACCAUUAAAUCGGUGCAUAGUUCAUGUUGCUUUUUUUGGAACAAUGCUAACCACAGCAUUAAAGAUAUUCUGUUAAUAGCAUUCCAAUUGGGUCUCUCAUGUUGUGCCAAACAGUCGGUGACUUUCCUCAGCAAUUUGGAUGGUUUGAGCCAGUUUAUAACCAUGAAUUAUUUGACUGCCUUCUUUAUGAAUCAUGAAAGAACGAAUUCUUCGCAAUGGGUCUGCCAGAAAUAUUUUCCACGUAUCAUCGAUUUGUGCGUAGCUUUGCGUCUGACUGUUUUCAUAGAAUAUCCAGGAGCCUUAACAUUAUUGCCUUCUAAUCGGUUCGUUAUUAAAUGCAAGAAACAAAGGAAACACCAUAAUGGGGAAGUCAAUUGGUCCAUCUAUGAAGACAUCACCAAGGAGAGUAGCUUAGACAAUUUCAUGGAAUCCAUCUGUACAUCGUAAAUCUGCUAAAGUAUAAUUAUUUUAAAAAUUCUCUUGCAUUUUAAAUUGGAUAUUUAGUUCGUUUUUAUAGUUUCAAGAUUAAUGCAUUAUUACUAAUUUUAAAUUUGACUAAU